CUAGAAGAGCAGCUUUAUCAGUUCUCAGAUACUGGCAACUUCUAUAUAAUUGCUUUGCUACACACUAUAGAAGAGGAGCAACAACGUUUGCAGCAGUUCAUGCAGACAGUUUGGCAUCAGCAAGGACACAAUCGCAUCUACUACAUUCAACAGCAGGCAGAGCAACUGCUACUUUAUAACCCUUUUCAAGAUAGCAUUAUCCUGGUGCAGGAUGCUUUUAGCUAUCGACGCAUUUACGCCAAUCUUCAUGGCUAUGCAUUGCGUGCUUACAUCUUUGACUCCGUCUACUCGGCUCUCUAUGGCGAUGGUGAGAAACAGCAGGUCCUAAGAGUAACUGGUCCCGAUGCCAAUGUAGGCGAGAUUGUGGCCAAGAAGCUCAAUCUAACCCUGAACUACGUGUGGCCGGACGACGAGUUCUUCGGCGGUCUGAUGCCUGAUGGCAAUUAUAGCGGCGGUGUGGGACGCGCCCAUCGCCACGAACUGGACGUCAUCUUUGCUGGCUUCUUUAUCAAGGAUUACCUGACUGCACGCAUUCAGUUCUCCGCCGCUGUCUACAUGGAUGAUCUCUGCCUCUAUGUGCAAAAGGCUCAGCGUAUUCCCCAAUCGAUUGUACCACUCUUUGCUGUUCGUCCGGAUGUCUGGCUCUGCUUUUUGCUUGUCGGCAUAAUCUGUGCCUUUAUCUGGAUGUGUUUGCGUGCUCUGAAUCUUUGCCUGCGCAUCGAGCGUAUACAGGAACAGCAACAGGCCAAUAGAAAAGAUAUGCAUUAUCUUAGCACUGCUUGGCGCAUCUUUAUCGAUACUUGGGUGGUUUGGGUGCGCGUCAAUAUUGUACAAUAUCCGCCCUACAACUCGGAGCGAAUUUUUCUCGCUUCCAUCUGUCUGGUCAGCGUUAUUUUCGGCGCUCUGCUGGAGUCCAGCUUGGCCACUGCCUACAUACGUCCGUUAUACUAUCGUGAUCCCAAUACAUUGGCUGAGCUCGAUGAAUCGCAAUUGCCCAUCUACAUUAAGCAUCCGGCGUUCAAGGAUGAUUUGUUCUAUGGCCACGACUCGGAGGUUUAUCGUCGACUUGAUGCGAAGAUGAUGUUGGUGGGCGAGGGGGAGGAUCGCCUUAUCAAUAUGGUCUCCAGGCUGGGAAAAUUCGCUGGCGUAACGCGCUCAGCGAGUCUGGAGUUGAGCGAUAGACGCUACAUUCAGACGCACAAGGUGCACAAGAUACCCGAGUGCCCGAAAACCUAUCACAUUGGCUAUGUUCUGCCAAAGCCGUCAGCGUACUUGGAAGGCAUCAAUGCCAUACUCCAGCAGAUCUUGGCCGGCGGUCUUUUGGAUUUUUGGAUUGACGAGAUGAAGGAGCGCGCCAAGAUGAAUAUCUUUCAAUACCCCGAAUACCUGGCCGAACUAAAUGCGAGCAGAUGGAAGGUCUUUACUCUGAAGGAUGUGCAAUUAGCCUUCUACGCCUUGGCUAUUGGUUGUGCACUCGCUGCAGUUGUUUGGCUCCUAGAGCUCUGGCUUAAAUAAAGUAUUUGCAGCACUUUUUUUUACUUACCCUUGCG